AUGGCAAAUCAGAUGGUAGAAUUAUUGAUGAUCUUGUUAAUCUCUGCACUCCUCCAUGGCACAUUGGCAGUUCAAGAUAACCCACUAGUAGUGGAGCAUGGUCUAACAGGACAGCCUGGUUUCUUUGAUCUCAACAGCUUACCAGAACCAGAAAUUGAACAUGAAUUAGUCAACACCAACCAAGUGAUACAACAGACUGAAUUGGAGACAACCCGCCACCAAUCCAGUGCACCAGUAGUUGCAGAGCAUGGCAUCAUAUCAAGACCCCACAUACCUUAUGACUUUCAAGACCAAGGCAUACCAAGCAAAUCCACCGUUGAAAUAGAUGAUAAACUGUAUACCUCGCGUAAAAGAAAACUUCGGAUCAAUUAUGAGUUUAAGAUUCAAAUGGCCACCGAAGCAAUUUGGCAUAAGAUUUCAAAGCUAUUCCCAUGUAUUCCGGCAAAUGAACGGGAUGAUUUUCUGCGUAUCUCAAUGAAAGACUUGUUAUAUCCCUACUUUGAUCUAGGGUCCCCGGGACGGGUUGAAGCGGAAAAGAUUCAAUCGGAAAGGGUUGUUGAUGAAGAUAACGGAACAGAUAUAAGGUUCAGGCUCAGAUCUUUUCAAGAUGUCAUCCCAGUUCCUUUACUAGCAGCUGCCUCAAUAUCGUAUGCUGAGAAAAUGCUUGGCGACAUGUCCAAAUGGCUAAGAUUUGAUACAGCUCACAAUUAUGUUUCGUGGUCAGGUAUAUGGAAUAGACGAACGAUCCUCCCGUUUGUGUAUUUUAUAAUGCUCUGCAACCCAUCGUACUAUAUGUGGGAGCGGAUUGAAAAAAUCACCAUCAGAGUAUGGAAGGCUUAUUAUGUUGAAUACAUCCAUGGAAAACCGGACUAUGAUAUAGAAGUUUUUUCUCGAUUCCUUUUGUGGCACACCGAGGUUAUGUCACAUGUUGCGAGGUCAUCCGAUCUCACUGAACCGCCAGCAGAAUCUCUGGUUGAAAACCUGGAUGCAUCGCACUCUAGAGCAUCACCUAUCACUCGUAUCAUUAGGGUUCUUCUCCGGACAACAGAAUAUGAGACAUACACCUCAGAAGCUUCUCGUAAUCCUAGAAACCAGCAUUUGAACAGAUAUUUAGAAAAGGGUUGGAAGGAGGAUGAGAAAAAAAAUUACCCAACAGGGAAACAUGAAUCUAACUCAAAAAGCUCAUUGUGGGGUCAUUGGAAUGCUAAAUCAGAUCAAAUUGAGAGAAACACUCCUAACUUUCAUUGGCCACAGAUACCAAAUGACUUGAUUGAAACAUCUAAGAACCUACCUGUGCUUUUGGUGAGGGAAGAGUCAAUAUUAUACCAACACGUCCAAGGAUCAAGUCUUAGUGACUUUGUUACUUAUCAUUCUAAAGAUUUCCUUGACAUGAUGAAACAUAUCCACAACCCGAAGAGACCUGAACUAAGAUCAAAGUUCACUGAACAAGAUAUGUAUCAUGCUUUAACUUACCAUCUAAAUUUUCCUGAUCAAUACUUGCCAAAAGAAUCGAUUCCAAAAGAGACUCAGACAAGAUAUUCACUUGAUUUGGUGUCAGAAUUCCUUGAUCAAGAUCCAGAAAGCCCGAAAUUUCGCAGUUUUUGGUCUUACUUUCACCUAUAUAAAUGGAACCGUUCGGUCAACACCACACGCAAGAGAAAAUCAAUGGCAUUGAGAAAAUCAGAGUAUCAAACCAGAGUAGCAAGAAUUAAGUCUCAAGACAAAAGUAUGCCCAACAAGAGGAUUGAUCUGAGAAAAGAAUGA